UCACCUACAUCCUCAGCUUCUUGCCCAUUGCGGACAGGAAGGAGACCUCUCUGGUGAAUCACACCUGGCACUUUGCGGCCCAGGACUCCCUGCGGUUCCAGGAGAACAUCCUGUGCAACAUCCCAGCCACCUCCACCUCCCUGGCUGCCAUUGAGAGCCUGGCUAGAUGGCGCGCGAGCUGCGUCAGUCUGACCAGCCUCGACGGCUCCACCGUUUCCCGGGACAUGAUCCAGGCUGUCUCCUGUCACUUGGGGCCACAUCUGCAGAGCUUGUCUCUGCGUGGGAGCAGCCUGACUGAAACAUCCUUCCUGCACCUCCUCCUUGCCUGCCCUUGCCUCUCCUCGCUGGAUCUGAGUGGCUGCAACAGCCUCUUUGUGUCUGGGAUGCUGCUCUCCAAGCCAGAGACCAUCAGCCAAGCCCGAGAAGCGCUGACCAAUCCUCAGGAGCUGAACCUGGCCGGCCUGCGCUACCUGUCAGAUCUCAGUUUCAACCGGCUGACUGGCUGCGCGCCGCGCCUGGCCAGACUCUCGCUGGCUCGCUGCCACCUCACCUUUGAGUUUGACCCCUACCGCGGGUCCAGCAACUACAGCUCCACUGCCCUGCUGACCUUCCGCAACCUCCUGCGCUUCCUGAAGGAGCGGGCCAGCAGCCUCUGGACCUUGGACUUGUGUGGCACCAGCAUCACCUUGCCAGCAGUGAGGUCUCUGGUGCAAGUGGAGGGGCUGCGCCUGUGGGAACUCGUGCUGCAGAACCGCAGGGACCUCUCCAAUGAGGCCGUCAGCCUCCUCUGUACACACCAGCCCCACCUGACUGCGCUGGACCUCACUGGGUGCUCUGAGCUGUCUGACCGGGCCACCCUUGCUGUGUCAGCAGGGCUGCGAGCCCUGCAGAGCUUGCGCCAGGGGAAGCUCCAGAGGCUGACGGACGGGGGUUUCCUGGGCAUUGCUGAGCUCCAGAGCCUGCAGAACCUGGACCUGUCUGAGUGCAGCCUCGUGAGCGGCAGCGAGCUGGUGAAAGUGUGCUCCUCCCCUGAGCUGCGGCCUAAGCUGGCCUCCCUCAGUUUUGCCUUCUGCUCUCUGCUCAGAGACAGCUCUGUCCUCUCGCUGGCCAGGUCACUAAGCCCCAGUCUGCGGAUAUUAGAUCUCUCCUCUUGCUUCUCCAUCACCAACGUGAGCAUCCAAGCGAUUUCCUCCCACCUCCCUCGGCUGACUGUCCUGCGACUGGCCUGGUGCAAGGAGCUGACAGACUGGGGUCUCCUGGGCACAGAGGAGCCCAGAGAGGAGUGUAACCAUCGCAGAGAGAAGGACGCAGGGUCCCAGUUCAGCAGGAAUUUCAGCAAUGUGGGACUCUUCCUGCCGCCUCUGCUGAACCUGGAGCAGGAUCCCAAGACCCUCAGCGACUCCGCCUGGAAGGAGUCCCAGAAGCAGCACCGGGCCUCCCUGCAGGCGCUUCAGCAGCUGCAAGAGCUUGACCUCAUGGCCUGCCACAAGCUGACUGAUGCCAGCAUCACCAAGGUUAUCCGCUUCCCAGCCCUGAGGCAGCUCUCCCUCAGCUUGCUACCGGAGAUCACUGCCGCCAGCCUGGUAGCGGUGGCCAGGGGUUGCCAGAGCCUAGAGCAGCUGUCCAUGAGUCACUGUGGAAAGCUGACUGACAAAGGCUUCAUGGAGGCCGCUAGCUCUCUAUGGAGACUCCAGCAUUUCGUCAUCUCUGGCUGCAGCCAGCUCACAUGCCAGACGCUGAUGGCCAUCAGCAGGGAGUGCAGACAGCUGAAGAGCCUGGAUGUCUCCAUGUGCCAUGGGAUCAGCAUGACCGAUAUUGAACUUUUCCAGGUCCAGCUCCCCUUGCAGAUGCGUGUCCAGUCGCGCUUAGUGGGUGGAGCAGACCUUUCCUUCACCCUGUGAGCGGGGCCAAGCGGCAGGCUCAGAUCCCUCCUCGCUGGGCAGCUCGGAGAACGUCUGAUGCUGCAGCUCAGGCCCUUCCCCCAGGCUGCUCUGCUGCUUCCUGCCUCCCGCUCCCUGAGCUCCCAGCUGGGACACAUGCUCCAUGGUGUCUUGGCCUGGGCUGGGGGUGAGUGGUGUUUCUAUGACACCCCUUGGCUAAAGAGUUCUAGUGUCCAACACUAAGUGCAGCUGGGCCACUGGCAAGGUCUGGGUGUGCAAAGAACCCUUGAGACCCAGGCCAGGCCCUGAGCUCCCUCCCCCAGCCAGGGACAAUCAGGCAUGCCCCCAGACUCCCUUCGGGAGAUGCUGGUAUGCAGAGUUUGGAGACUGCCUUCCACUAGGGCCCUGGCACCUCCAGGGGGAGUUCCAGGGGUCCCCAGCUGGUCGCGCAGGGCUGAAACAGUGGCCACCCUUUGCCCAGCCCUAGGCCCCAAAAAGCCGAGGCACCUGCCCUGGGCCGGGUUCAGCGAGGGGGAGAGGGUGCUAAAGCCCCUUGAAGGGAUUGUGCUUCUUUCCUCAGCAGGACUGGGCAGCGAGAGCUGCUGUUCCAUGCUGCGACUCCUCCAAGCCCCCCGCCCCGUCUCCCCAGGACUAAGCUUAGUGGUGCAAAAAGGGUGGUGGUGGGGAACUUCACUGCCUAAGUCCACUCGUUCCAUUCUGGGAGGCAGAGUGUCUCACAACCCGCC